CAAAAUGAAAUAUAUAUUUUUCUCUGUUUUGGGUACACUUUUCUAUCCAACUCUUUUCUACCCGGAAGCCUUUUAUUGAUACACCUCGGAAACAUGCGCUAAUGUUUGUUUUCAGCUCAGGUGACUGUGGAGUCAUUUUAAAGGGUUAGGCCUGUAAAUAAAAAGUGAACAAAAACAUGGCUUCUACAUCCGACUCGGACAAACCAUCAGUUUCUAAUGUGGAAGAAAACAGACGUCGUCUGUGCGAAGAGUUUGCUACGGUAGUGGGGAGUGACGCCGCCGUGGCUCAGCGCUACCUGGCUGAAAAUGAAUGGGAGAUGGAGAGGGCUUUGAACUCCUUCUUUGAGGCAGAUAUGGAGAAAGUAUUUGAUGUGGAAGAUUCCUCCGAGAAAGACUCCAGCCCUGUACCAAAGAGAUCAAAUACUGAGACAAAACCUCAAGAAGACUGCAUAGAUUUGACUAAAGGCAGUCCCAGCACCGCGCAGAAACCCUCAGGGAAAGACGACGGUAAACUGUCCCUGAUCACCUGGAACGUGGACGGACUUGAUACAGACAACCUGGGAGAGCGAGCCAGAGGCCUGUAUUCCUACUUAGUCUUAUACGACCCGGACAUUGUGUUCCUACAGGAGCUCAUUCCACCCUACGUCCAGUACUUGAAGAAACGGGCGGUCAGCUACCUGAUCAUUGAAGGCGGUGAAGAAGGUUACUUCACGGGGAUGAUGCUCAAGAAGUCCCGGGUCAAAUUCGAAGGGAGCGAGAUCGUAACUUACCCCACCACUCAGAUGAUGAGAAAUCUGCUUGUAGCUCAGGUGACAUUCAAAGACCAAAAGCUGUGUUUGAUGACGUCCCACUUUGAGAGCUGUAAGGGCCACGCAGAGGAGCGGAUGAAACAGCUGCGUGUGGUGAUGCAGAGGAUGAAAGAUGCACCUGAUGACGUCACCGUUCUGUUUGGAGGGGACACCAACCUGAGAGACCCUGAGGUGGCCAAGGUGGGCCUUCCCUCCACUGUCUCUGAUGUGUGGGAGCGAACCGGCAAACGGGAGCACUGCCGCUACACAUGGGACACCAAAGCCAACAGCAACAAGUCCGUUAGAUACAUCAGUCGAUUCCGCUUCGACCGGGUCUACCUACGACCAGCGACCAAGGAUGGAGUCCCACGUUUGGCCCCUGACCGCAUGGCUUUGGUGGGGCUGGAGAAGCUGGACUGUGGCCGAUACACUAGUGACCAUUGGGGAAUCUUUUGUGCCUUCUAUGUUGGCUAGAAAUACACAAAACAAGCAGAACCAAGCCAGUCAAAGCCUUUGUUGUAGAUCAGCUGGACUUGUUAGUUCUGCAUGUUUUUAUUGCCCUGGUGCACAGCUGAUCAGACCACCCUAACACCUUCUCAAUGACAGACGCUCUGAUCUCAUCCAAGGUUGGCUGUGUGUUACACAUGCUUUGAUUUAUUUUUUAUAAAAAAUUGUUUUAUCACCUGGUUUAUAUCUGUUCUUUAUCUGCGGCUGAAAUGUGGAAAAACACAUUUUUUUUUCACUCAUGUUACAUGAUUUUGUUCAUCAGACUUUCAACAUUUUAAAUUUUUUUCCGAACUUCUGUCUGAAUUCAUCAGACUGAAAAUCUUUAUCAUUUUAAUUUUUGUUUCAUUA